CGCUGCAAGGCUGGGAGCGCUCCGGGCUCCCCCUGGUCCCUCCCUCUCCUCCUCCUCCCUCGGUCCUCAACGCCUCUCUCUCUCUUUCGCUCGGGCGCCGAGGAGAAGUCUUGCGCGCUCCUCCGCGCGCCCUCUUUCGCUUCCCUUGCCCGUCCGCCUGUCUGUGCGCGCCCUCGAUCACAUGGUGCUUCGAGAAAUGCUCCAAAGAUGGCGGUAGCGGCGGCCGGAGGGGGAGGCGGCGUCGGUCGGGUGCAGCGCAGUGGCGCGCUGGAAGUUUUGGUGCGCGACCGGUGGCACCGGGUGCUGGUGAGCCUGAGCGACGAGGCGCUGGUGCUGAGCGCCGACGAGGGUGGCGCUCCCAUCGCCGCCGCCGCCGCGUACAACGGCAUCGGGGCGUCGGGUAGCAACGGCAAUGGGACUUUCUGCAGCGGGGCAGCGCUGGGUCCGGCGUCGGGGGGCGGCUCGGCCGCCUGCAGCCUUUCCGGCGGAGGUUCUCCGGAGUCGCCGUCGGGGGGAGGCGGCGGCGACAUGAGCCCCAAAUCGGGUUUGAUGAGCGGGGUGCGCACAGCUUUCACGGACCUGCCCGAGCAAGUCCCCGAAACCAUCUCCAACAAGAAGCGGUGCGUCAAGGUGCUCAAGCAGGAGAUGGGCGGGCUGGGCAUCAGCAUCAAGGGGGGCAAGGAGAACAAGAUGCCCAUCCUGAUCAGCAAGAUCUUCAAAGGGCUGGCCGCCGACCAGACCCAGGCGCUCUACGUCGGGGAUGCCAUCCUGGCCGUCAACGGCACGGACCUGCGCGACGCCACCCACGACGAAGCGGUGCAAGCGCUCAAGAAGGCGGGCAAGGAGGUGGCGCUGGAAGUGAAGUACAUGAGGGAAGCCACCCCCUACGUCAAGAAAGGGUCUCCGGUUUCCGAAAUCGGCUGGGAGACCCCCCCACCUGAGUCCCCGCGGCUGGGGAAUGCGUCCACAGACCCCCUGUCGCAGCUCUCCCUCUCCAUCCACAGAGACAAGAAGACGAUCCCGCUCAAAAUGUGCUACGUGACACGGAACAUGGCAGUGUCGGACCCAGAAAACAGGCUUGUAGAAGUUCAUUCGCCAGAUGCCAGGCACACCCUGGUUCUAAGAAGUAAGGAUUCCGCCACAGCACAGGCCUGGUUCCACUCCAUCCACUCCUGUGUCAGCGAUCUCAUUCCUAAGGCCAUCUCGGAGGUCAAAGAUCAGCUGGGCAAAGCAGGAAUUGCUGGAGCUCGAGAGAUCAGGCACCUCGGCUGGCUCGCAGAAAAGGUGCUGGGAGAGAACGAGAGGCAUUGGAAAGCUGUGCUUGUUGUACUGACUGAGAAGGAUCUCUUGAUGUACGAGAGCAUGCCACGGAUCAAAGAGGCUUGGUUUGGUCCUCUUCAUUCAUACCCUCUGCUGGCCACCAGGCUGGUACAUUCAGGACCCGGGAAAGGCUCCCCCCAGGCCGGGAUGGAUUUGUCCUUUGCUACCCGUACGGGUACGCGGCAAGGAAUCGAAAGCCAUCUCUUCAGGACGGAGACCGGCAGGGACCUCUCGCUGUGGACACGGAGCAUAGUUCAGGGUUGUCACAAUGCUGCAGAACUCUCAAUGGAAAUCACUGCCGCUUGCACCUACAAAAGCCAGGAAUGCCGUUUGACCAUUCAUUAUGAACACGGAUUCUCCCUCGCAGCCGAACCCCGGGAUGGUGCCUUUCCCAAAACCAUUCUACAGUUUCCCUACGAGAAGCUAAAAAUGUCCUCAGACGAUGGAAUUCGGAUGCUUUACUUAGACUUUGGAGGAAAGGAAGGAGAAAUUCAACUGGACCUUCACUCUUGCCCAAAGCCAAUUGUGUUCAUCAUUCAUUCAUUCCUUUCGGCCAAGAUUACAAGACUUGGGUUGGUAGCGUAAGCACAGUCUGAAGGAAGAACGAAGGGGCUGCCUGCACAAUCUAAAUGGCAAGGGACAUCUUAUUCUGCACAGGAGCAAUGCCCACGUUUGGACCAGCUACCAAAAUGGAGCACAGAAAGGAGCAAGAGUUGCCGAGACGCUUGAGAGCAGGACAUUUGCUUCGACUAACACACUGCAGGGGAAAUAAAACCGAUUGCUUGUAAAUAAAGGAAAUAAAUAAAUAAAUAUUGAAGGAGCAAAUAGCUUAAAUACUACAGUGUGGCAUUUCCGGUAUACAUAACUGUGCCUGUAACAGUGCUCAGAGAGCGGUGGUUUUCAAACUGGGCUCUGAGAAACUGUGGUGUGGGAUGCCUCAGUUAGAAAAUCAGCGACGUGAGAACAGCUCCCCUGAACAUAAAGCAAGCCCACCAUUUUCCCUGGCAUCGCCCAGCCGCAGUGGAGCAACGGUCAACUUUAGGGUGCCCCUCUCUGUUCAUGUGACAUGACAACUGCUCCCCACAGAUGGGGCCCGACAGUCUUUCUGGACUGAUAAAAGUGUGUCCCCAAAACAUCCCUGAAAUCUGCAGCCCAUUGUGGGUGAGGAGCUUCGGUUGAACACAGAUGUGGGCAGGGGUUCUGAGAGUAUGAAGUUUGAAAACCGCUGAUGAGUGAAAAUAAGGGCUAGGAGAACACAGUAAGCAUUUUAUCCACAGAAGAUCUGGUGAAAAGUUGUCAAGGUCUUGUGCAACCGUGGACUUUGUAUCUGCUGAGCCAUCUUUCCGUUUUCAGAAAACUCCACUUUCCUGCCAUUGAUGCACCAGCAGAGUAGUUUGCUUGUCCAGACAAAGGUGGGAAUGGUUUGGAAAUCUAGUUCUCUGUGAACAUCGCACAAAAGGGCACUAUUCCCAGGGGGAGAGGUCAGACUGAGGCAGCAUUGCUAAGCCAGUCAGUCAUGACCGGAGCAGGGGGGAACCUCAGAAGUGUCCUUAAAUACUGCAGCUUAAGGGUUACAAUGGCCACAUUUGGCUGUAGAAGCCGCUGUGACCGGUCACUUAAUAAAUCUGACUUUCGUAAAAUGGAAUUGCUCAGUUAACAGUAAUAACUUGUGUUGAGAGAAACAGUAUAUAUGAAAUUAUGUGAUGCAUUUCAAAUCCGUUUUAAUCUGAAGGCAGUGAAGAUCCUUUUGGAAGAAUUUUAAGAUGGGGAGGCUCAUUUUGAAUUGAGCUUCGGCUAUAGGUCCUUCAGUGGUGAUGCUUUCCGCCAACAGCGCAAGGGAAGGGUUCUUUAAUUCCUCCCUUCCCAGCAACAAACCUUGGCAACCCUUUAUUAUGCCGUUUCACUCCCAUUUGCUGGCUUCUUGAUCCAAGUAUAGAUCUGAACUGCUGCGGUGUAAUAACACCAGCAGCACUCGGGAGCAGCCAGUCACCAUGGCAAAGUACCAUUUUAUUGGGCUGGAGCAGACCCAGGGAAGUGCGUUGACUUAAUUCAGUCAUGACUAACUUGUCCAUUGAUGUCAAUGGGGCUCCUCUGAAUAUGACUUGGUUGGAUAUGACCCACAAAGGAUAUUGCUUGAAUGCAGUCUUCCAAAUGCAUCAACACUAAAACCCUAUCUUGUACACACACAAAAAGGCAGAAAAUGCGAUCGGGAGACCCUGAGCUGGUGGCUUUCAGUAUAACAAUUAUCCUUAUUAUCCAAGCUUCCUAAAACACUGCUAAUUUUUUCGAUGUUGAUUCCCUCUGACAGACAAAAGGGAGCUCAGUUGUGUUUCAUUUUAAUUGUUUCCCGGAAGUGGGACACGGCAACUAAAUCUCUUUUUAGAGUUAUUUUUGUACAUGGGGGAAAUACAUUGUUUUACACACAGAAGAUACCAAACGGGAUCCGUAUUACGGUGCAGAUCUUAACCAUGGCAAACGGAUCAAAUGUUGCUUAGCACACCAUGCACUUAACUUCGUCCAGAACUGAGCAUUAAGCCAGAGUUUCCUAACCAGGAUUUGAAGCUAAUAAUAAAACCCUGGUUAUAGAGUAUGUGCUUGGCAUUAAUAACAGCUAUGCCUGGCACUGGUGUAAUUGUUAAUGAUGGUAAAUGCUGGCAUGGUGCAAGCAGAGGAGGGAAAGUACUGAAGCCCUUGAGAAGGGAGGGAUAUGAUUAUAGUGGUCUUCCAAUGUAGUAUAAUAGCGGUCUGUCACUGUAGUAUUUCCCUGAUCUAGGGCACAGAAGACUCUACGGCAGGCACCCUCAAACUUAGGCCCUCCAGAUGUUUUGGACUACAAUUUGCAUCAUCCCUGACCACUGGUCCUGUUAGCUAGGGAUCAUGGGAGUUGUAGGCCAAAACAUCUGGAGGGCCACAGUUUGGGGAUGCCUGCUCUAUGGGCUUCCACAUUUCACUUGAAUGGACUUAGGAGUGGAAUGGAUCCAGGGGUAGGUCUUGGUCCUGCAUUUACAGCAUAGGAACAUCUUUGCAGGUAAGGGAUCUCUAUAAGUGAAAUAAAGGUGUCCAUGUCAGUUGAAGGAUGAUAGAGGGAUAUGUGAGGUUGGGCUAAAAAUUUUCCUUUUGUGAAAAAUAAAAGAACAUGCAAAUAUGCAGAAGGAGAGCCAUCAACCCCAUGCGCUUGCCAUCGUCACGCAAAAUACAAGUUCUUCAUUCAAUACAAGUGAAAUUGCAAAGGGAGAGCGUUUAUGGAUUUGAGUGAAAGAAAAUAACCCAGAAUUACUGCGUAUUGUAGGGAAAGUCAAUGCAUGUGUAAAUUAUACUGUGCUACUUCCUUAAACACUUUUUUAAAAAAAAAAAAUCACUGGAAUGUUAUAGAUAUACCUGCAUUGUAAAUAAUCAGAAUUUAUCUAUUAGUUAUCAAUUAAUAAAUAACACAGUAUGUCAUGUAAUUUACGGUGCUCAGAUUACAAUAUAAAGAAUAAGCGAAUAAUUUGCAAAGAGAAAAAAAAUGUUAUAUAUUUAUAGACAAAUUAAAUACAGAUUUUGGAUCGACUCAUAUUUGGUUGGAGUUGAUAGAACGAAUUAUACGGCGCUACUCAAGAUUUGUAAGAAUUUAGUUUAAAAUAUUUAUAUUUUAGAGGAAAAAAUACUAUAUUUAAUAAAAAAUUCAUUUACUGGA